AUGAGCUCUGCUCUUAUUAAUUACCACCCCGAGCAUCCAUUUAAUCUCAUUCCCGAGUUGUGCGCAACCUUUUAUAGUCUUGGAUGGGCUACCGGAACGGGUGGUGGUGUCUCAAUCCGAUUGGACGACAAGUACUACCUGGCACCUAGCGGUGUGCAGAAGGAGCGUAUUCAGUCAGGCGACAUAUUUGUCCUAAAUGACAAGAUGGAGAUUGUUGAAAAGCCCCCCAACCCCCAAAUCCCAAAUCUCAGGGUUUCCGAGUGCGCUCCCCUCUUUUUCAAUGCGUACCGCAUGCGCGGCGCUGGAGCAGUUCUGCACACGCAUUCCAAGAACAGUGUCCUUAUAAGCCUGUUGUGCGAUAACGAGUUUCGUAUUUCACACGUGGAAAUGAUCAAGGGCAUUCGGAAUGACGUGACAAAGAAGGCCCUGGGAUUCCGGGACACGCUGGUGGUGCCGAUUAUCGAGAACACCGACUUCGAGUCCAACCUCACUGCGAGUAUGGCAGAGUGUAUGAAAAAGUAUCCAGAAACGUGCGCGGUGUUAGUGCGUCGGCAUGGCAUGUACGUCUGGGGCUCCACGUGGCAACAGGCGAAGGGUUGUGUUGAGUGUCUUGACUACCUUAUGGAACUUGCUAUCAAUAUGCGGCAACUAGGAUUACCAUGGGAAUCCGAUAACGUCGCGUAA